UAGCCAUUUAGUUUGAAAAACGAGAGAAUUUUUGCCCGAUUUGGGGCGGUGGGUUCAAAUGCUAGAUAGGGGAAAAUUGUGGCUCUGUGUUGGCGACAUUGUUUUCACUGACAGACUGACAGUAGCCGGUUGACAUGCCCAUCGCAUGGUUUGAUGAAAAGUAAACAAAUUUAAAUACAGUACACGUGAUGAAAGUAAAUUAUAGCAGCAGUUGCUAAAGAUGUUGCAGAGGUUAGGGAAAGUUGAUAUUACGAAUGGAAUUUUUGAAUGAGUGCUCCUGACUUGUGUUUCAAAACAAUUCGCCGGAUAUGGAAUUUGCGGGAGAGGACAUAGAGAUCAAAGAAGAACCAAUAUCAACUGACCCUUACCAGCUACCAGAAAUUGAACAGAUCUACAUUAAAGAAGAAAAUGUUAAAUUGGAAACUCCUGAAGAUAAUGAUGCACGUGACCCACUAAAUGUGGAGGAAGAUGAGUUUGUCUCAGAGGAAGAAGCUGGUUCUCCACCUGAUGCCAUACACAUUAAAAAAGAACCAGAGGUCCAAAUUGAAGCAGAGCCAACAAGUUGUGACAGUGAACCAGAAAGCCAAGGAAGUAAUCCGAAGGUGGACCAACCUCCGAGAUGUUUCGCAAAAUCGAAAAAAAGAUGAGAAAGCUGCCAAACAAAGUGGAUCUGGGGCCAAAAAACGUAAGAAAUACCUGUUUUCAGACCAACUUCAAUUUUUAGACAAGAUCUACACGGAAAAGGAUACGGCAGACAGCCUGGACCCAGCAAGUGAGCCAGGAACACUUGACGAAGACAGGGAGCCUGAAGGUGCCGGUGCUACAACUCCGAUUUGUAGUACGUGAACCCGCCAUACGGUCUUACAGGAGGGAGAAAACAUAAGAAACCAGACGAGUUUGAGAUGAAAAUACUCGAAGCUCUGAAACCUAAAACGCCCUGCAGUAAGAUGUCCUUUGUUCAGAGUUUCAUGCCUCAGUUUCAUGCCUCUUAUUUGACAAACUGUUCUAAUAGUGAAUUCCUUCAAUUUCAAAUGGGAGUGUUAAAUGUACCUGAUAACAUAAACAAAAUGAAGCAAACUGUUCCUGCUCCUCCUCAACCAAGAUCUGCCUCUUCCAUGUCAUCCUAUCCGCCAUUCCCUCAGUAUACGCUUCAGCCAUCUGCAGUUAUCCAACCGCAACCAUUUUUGAAGAUUCGACAACCUUCAUUUCCACCUCGACAAUAUGCAGGGGCUAGGUUUUCCAGUCAGAAUACAACUAGCGUAGAAGAACGUUCCUUGUAUCAGCAUAGGCCUAUAUGUGGACUGCAAAAUCAUUCAAAGGAAGCAUACCAUUCAACGCCUCUCCAAAAAAGUACACGGGCCAAACCAGAAGCACAGACAACAUCACAUGACCUGCACGAAAUUAUUCACAGUGACUCUCCACAAAGUGAAAAUGUUGCAAGUCCGUCUAUUUCUCCUUCAGAUAAUUCCAUAUAUUCCGAUUUCUUCAAUUGAUAUCAUCAGUUUGUUUUUGGAACGUCACAAAUAAUCUACCAAAACAAUAUACACGAUGAAAUCCAUAAUUUGA